UUCAUUCACUCACUCCACACUCUGCGCGCUGUGCCCUCUGCCUUUCUUCUUAUUCACUCUGGCUCUCACUAUUUUAUUUUUCUUUUUUUUCUUUUUAUUUUUUAAAUAAUCAAAAUCUCAUCACACACAAAACCCGAACACCAUAAUCAAAUCCCUCUUCAAAAUCCUGAAAUCGAACGAAACAGUAACAAGAAGGACUCUGUUUGUUUGCACUAUCUCUGUUCUGUUGUUCACCCUCGGCGGAGACGGCAGUAAAUGGCAGAGGUUCCGGCGCCGGAGGGGCAGAUGAACGGCGGAGCAACGGUGGCGCUGAACCCCUCCGAACCCAUCGGAUCGAAGCGCCAGCGGAGGCCCAGCGUCCGAUUGGGCGACAUCGGAGACCAGCCCUACGAUUCCCACCCUCGCCGGACUACAAAGCCUUGGAGGCUCGCCGUCGACAACCACCACCACCACCUCCACCGCAAGGACGCCGCCAACGCCUCAGGUAAACCCUCAAAGACUCGACCUUUAACCAAUUUGUCAUCGGGCAGCGCCGCCGCCGAGUUCGGCGAAACCCUAGAGGGCGAAGAGAGAGAAGGAAACUUGGACAGCGUCGUGAUUGGUAGCUGGAAAGUGAAGGAUUCUAAGAAGAGGGGUUCCGCCGCCACUAAGAGGGUCAGAUCAAAUUGGGUUCCGAGAAUCGACGAAGAAGGUGGCGGUGGCUGUGGCGGUGAAGGAGAAGAUAAAUAUAGCGGUGGUGAAGAUUUGGAAGAUGGGUAUAGGGAUUUUGAGGUGGAGAUUUCGGAAAGCCCUAUUCAUUCUAUGGAGAAUUUGGGUGUUGAUGGUCAUGGGAAUGAACAUUAUCAUCAGGGGAAUAGGAGGUCCAUUAGGGGUAGGGAGCAUCACGAUGGGAUUGAGCUUUCUGGGCCUUCUGAUACUGAUAGGAAUGGUAAUGAAGGAAGAGGGAGGUUUGGAGAAGAUGGGGUCAGGAUUUGGCUUAAUGGGUUAGGGUUAGGUCGAUAUGCUCCUGUCUUCGAAAUCCAUGAGGUUGAUGAUGAGGUUUUGCCCUUGUUAACUCUAGAGGAUCUCAAAGAUAUGGGGAUUAAUGCUGUUGGGUCAAGAAGGAAAAUGUACUGUGCAAUUCAGAAGCUUGGGAAGGGGUUCUCCUGAGUUUUUUUUUUUUUUUUUUUGGGUCUUUUUUACUUCACCUUAUGUAGCAUGGGAGAAUUCUCAGCCAUUGCAAAUUAAGAUGCAUGUCUGAACUCUGAGUUGUAGAAUAUGUUCUCACAUAACUUGUUAGGCUUUUGGAAUGAUUAGGUCCUCCCUCACAUGUUCUUAUUUUUGUCA